UAAAGAAGAAGAAGAAGAAGAAGAACCACACCCUGUGCACUCACUUUUUUUCACUUUACGUCGAAUUUUUUGAAUAUAUGACGUAUAGGAUUGAUUGAAUACGUCAAAUGGACAAAUACGGUAUUUGAUGCUAUGACUACAUACAUAAAUUGAAGAAGCGCCUUCAGUCUACCAGACAACGAAAUCAUAACGUCGUCAUAAAAAACAAGUAACAAAAUGGUGGAAAGACUGAACAUGAAAGCGAGUGUUUUGUCCGUAUUUGGUAUUUGUUCAUUUCUUACAUAUGGAAAUACAUGCGGUCAAAGUGAAUAUAAAUCUGCUGAUGGAGAAUGUUGUCCAAUGUGUAAUUUGGGGACAGUAGUUUACCAUCACUGCACUGGUGAUUCCAGUACCACAUGUAUACCCUGCACUCCAGGAACAUUCAUGAGUCAACCCAAUGGUCUUGAUAAAUGCUUCCCAUGCAAACACUGUGCUGAAAGUCAAGGACUUUACAUCCAGAGGAAAUGCACUACAAUAAAAGACACUGUGUGUGAUGUGCUUGAUGGAUAUUACUGCAUUGAUUACUCCGAUUCACAGUGCCGUCAUGCUGAAAAACACAGAGUUUGCAGACCAGGACAAGAAACAAAAAGACCAGGAACAAAGACCUCAGAUACAGAAUGUGUGGACUGUACUCCUGGGUUUUAUUCUCCAUCUGGGCUGAACUGCAACAAAUGGACAAACUGUGCUGCCAGAGAUGAUAUUAAAGCUGAAGAUGGGAGUCCUGUAAAAGAUGUCACAUGUGUACAGAAGAACAGGAAAAGAUAUGGUCUUGUAGCUUUAUGUCCCCCUGUUAUAUGUGCAGUUGUUAUAGCAGCAUUAUACAGAAGGAUACACUCAGAAGUUCUGACAGUCAGUAAUGGUGAUAAAAUAAAUAAGUCUCCCAUUGAGGAAACACCUAAAACAUCAGGCCAACCACCGGAGGAAAACAAUGAGGAUCCAACAGAUGAUACAUGAAACUGUCUAUUACAAUAUGGGGAUUAAUUUUCACUGGAAUUGACGAGAGUGUAGGAUGGGGAACAUUAAAGAGAUAGAGGAGAGGUCAGUGUGCUGGGGUGCAGCAGAAAGUCCAGGCCAGAAGUAACCAACUGCCUCUACUAACAGUCUCUCUAAAUGCAACUGUCAUAUUUUCAAUCAGCUGUAAGGUAUUUACAGAGUAUAGAGACAUUUGUUUGCUAUAUUUGACAGAAAUAUGGCUUUAAGGGAUAGUUCAAUCAAAAAUGAAAACUCUGUCAUUAAUUACUCAUAUCGUUCCAAACCCAUAAGACCUUCAUUCAUCUUCUGAACCAACCCUCUACAUUUUGUUUUCCUAAUUAAUGUUGUUUAGCUCUGACACAAUAUUUUUUGUUUAAAGCGCUACAUAAAUAUAGGUGACAUUGCGAGUAAAUCACUCGCAUAUGCGACUAAAUCUUCAUUCUGGGCGACCAAAUGUUGUCUAAUAUUAGCCAAUGGCUAAUAAAUUCUCAGAUUUUACUCGACAGUGUGUGAGCUGCAAACAAAGUAUAAGUUUAGCACAGAUAUAUGUUCACUCGCCAAACACUCUUUGACUUAGUUCAUCUGAAUGGAUGCACAGUGUGCCUUUGACGUACCGUAAACUCUACUGUAAAGGUGCACCACUUGUCGUCGCUUUGGUGUGAGCAGAGAGCGAGAGACUCUUGCAUGCAGAAUUGAUGCACUACAUGGAAACGAUAUACUUGGAAUUUCCUGUCAUUAUAACCUAGCCUAUGAAUUGGUUUCAGCUUUUAAGAACUGUCAGGUCUUCUGGUAGUGGGCGGAGCUAAUGUGAAACGACAAUCUCAUUGGCUGGAAUCCAGUAGCUUGCUAAUCCUUAGUUUGUUUUAUAAUGUGCUUAAUAGAAUUCGUAUUAUUAUUAUUAUUAUUAUUAUCAUCGUCGUCAUCUUAUAAGUAUUAUUGUUAGUUUUUUUUUUUUUUUUUGUUUUUUUUUUUUUGGUACAGAAACCACUGAAUGACAAAGUACCACCACCAGUCCAGUUAAAAUGUUCAGUUGAAAUAUGUAUGCAUUUGUAUUCUAAUUACCGUAUUUUCCGCACUAUAAGGCGAACAUAAAAGCCUUUAAUUUUCUCAAAAAACGACAGUGCACAUUAUAAUCCGGAGUGCCUUAAUAUGGAUCAAGUGAACGAGUCAGUCUAUUGUUUGUUAUCUGGCUCAGCUCGGUGUUCAUCUUCAGUUCUCUCUUCACAGCAGUUCAGUCAGUGUACUGUUUGAGUACAUGAAUUACUCCGGGAUAUUGGUUUGUUUGAACUCAGAGGGAGAGUGUCAGCCACAUUAAAAAAGUUGACAGCUUAAGUCAUUUGUGGAUUAAUGCGUAUUGGAGAUUCGAACAGUUUAAAACGAUUCAGUUCGAUUUGGUGAACUGGUUCAAAAAGCUCCGGUUACAUGCAGAGAUGUAUAAAGUACUAGAGACCCAUACUUGAGUAAAAGUACAAGUGCUCUAUCAAAAAAGUGACUUGAGUAGAAGUUGAAGUGCUCUUUAAGCACCACACUUAAGUAGAAGUACUAAAGUAUUCAACAUUUUUUGUACUUAAGUAUUGCAAGUAGUCUAUUUUAAAAUUUACUACUCAAGUACUGAAAGUAAAAGUAGAAGUAUUGUGUUAUGUAGCUAUUAAAGAAAGUAGUCAAAAGUUUGAACAUAUUGUUUUUACUAUUUCAAAUGAUUAACCUAAAGAACAAUCACAAUUCCUUUGACUGUAACUUCUUGUAAACAAAAAAACGGUUACUAGGGUUAGUUAGCCCAAAUUGCAAAAUGAUGUCAUUAAUAACUUACCCUCAUGUUGUUUCAAACCCGUAAGACAUCAGAGGGUCAUUUAGAAUUUUUUGAAGCAUCGAAAAUACAUCUUGGUCCAAAAAUAGCAAAAACUACGACUUUAUUCAGCAUUGUCUUCUCUUCCUUGUCUGUUGUAAGACAGUUAAAAACAAAGCAGUUUGUGAUAUCCGGUUCGCGAACAAAUCAUUCGAUGUAACCGGAUCUUUUUGAAACAGUCCACCAAAUCGAACUGAAUCGUUUUAAACGGUUCGCGUCUCCAAUACGCAUUAAUCCACAGAUGAAUUAAGCUGUUAACUUGUUUAAUGUGUCUGACACUCCCUCGGAGUUAAAACAAACCAAUAUCCCGGAGUAAUUCAUGUACUCAAACAGUACACUGACUGAACUGCUGUGAAGAGAGAACUAAAGAUGAACACCGAGCCGAGCCAGAUAAUGACUCGUUCACGAGUCAAGAACCGUUUCUGUCAGACGCGUCUGAUUCGUGAACCGAGGAGCUGAUGAUACUGCGCAUGUGUGAUUUAGCGUGAAGCAAACCGACACACCGAGCGUCUAAACCGAACUGAUUCUUUUGGUGAUUGAUUCUGAACUGAUUCUGUGCUAGUGUUAUGGGCCCAGGUGCAGUCAACGCCAAUGAAGCCAUUGCAUCGAGCGCAAAAGAAUCGGUGAACUGUUUUCUUCAACUGGUUUAUUGAAUCGAACUGUCAGAAAGAACUAACGUUACUGGUCAUCCGAGAACCGAUGCAACCGUUUCUUGACCCGUGAACGAGUCAUUAUCUGGCUCGGCUCGGUGUUCAUUUCUCUCUUCACAGCAGUUCAGUCAGCACGCGUAGUCUGCUUAAUCGCUUGAUUCGCUCAAUGAUGUGCCAGCUUCAUCAAACCUGCCAUCUACAGUUCUGGCAGUGGUUUGUAAUGGAAUGAUUCGUAACAUUUUUAUAAUUGUAACGAGUAACGAUGCAGCACAUAAAAAAAAUAUCGGAGUAAAAGUAUUAAACUCAGCGAAAAUAUGUACCGAAGUAAAAGUGGAAGUAGGAGAAAAAAAUAAUACUCUAGUAAAGUACAGAUACCGCCUUUUAGUACUUAAGUACAGUAGUGAAGUAGUUCUACUUCGUUACUAUACAUCUCUGGUUACAUGACAUCAAAUAAUUUCUUUCGCGAACUGGAUAUCACAAACUGCUUUGUUUUGAACUCUCUCACAACAGACACAGAAGAGAAGACAAUGCUGAAUUUCUAUUUUUGGACCAAAAUGUUUUUUCGAUGCUUCGAAAAAUUCUAACUGACUUCUGAUGUCACUGAUGGACUACUUUGAUGAUGUUUUUCUUACCUUUCUGGACAUGGACAGUAUACCGUGCACACAGUUUCAAUGGAGGGACUGAGAGCUCUUGGACUAAAUCUAAAAUAUCUUAAACUGUGUUCCAAAGAUAAACGGAGGUCUUACGGGUUUGGAACAACAUGAGGGUAAGUUAUUAAUGACAUAAUAAGUUGGAGAAUCCUUUGCAGGGAUAUUACAUAUUUCUGUAAUGGCAACUUUUUAAAGUAAAUAGUUCACAUUUUUGUAAAUUAAGACAAAGCCCUGAGGCACUGGAAAAAACUUCAAUGAUCUUGACAGCUGACUGAAUUUGAUCAACAUUUUUCAGGAAAAGUGCCGUGUCAUCAGCCAACUGACUUAGCAGGACACUUCUCUCUUCAACUUGAAUUCCUUUUAAAUUGGAUGAUUUAAUAAAGUGACAAAACACCUGAGCAACAAUGAGAAAGGUAAACAGAAACUGGGCAGCCUUGCCUAACUCCUCUUUCCAAAUUAAAUCUUUGAGUAGUGCCAUUAUUUAAUUUCACAGAACUAUUUCCCUCCGCAUAAAGAGUAUUCAUAGUAUUAUAGAAAUAAGCCCCAAACCCAAAGUGUUUUAAACAGUAGAAAAUAAAAGGAUGCUCAACAGAAUCAAAGGCUUUGAAAAGUUAAAAAAAAAAAAAAGUAUAAAGCUAUCAUCAUUUAUAAGGUCAGAAUAAUCAAUAAGAUCAAAAAUAAGUCUAAUGUUGUUACAUAUAUGACGGUUUCUCAUAAACCCAGAUUGAUUUUCAUCAAUAAUGGAAUCUAAUACUAAUUUGAAUCUUUGGGCAAAUACCUGAGCAAAUAUUUUAUAGUCAUUAUUUAACAGACUAAUGGGUCUUCAAUUAUCAAUAAGCAAUAACUCUUUCUUGGGCUUAGGAAUCAAACUAAUUAUACCUUGCGUCAUAGUUGUAGGAAGCUGUGAGUACUGUAAGCUUUCAGAGUAUAUUUCAAAAAGAAACGGAGCAAGAAUCUCAGAAAACUGCUUAUAGAACUCAGAAGUAAUUCCAUCAUUACCGGCUGAUUUAUUACAUUUUAAAUGUUCAAUAGCUUGCUUAAUUUCCGUAAUAGUUAUUGGGAAAUCACAUAACUUUUGGUCCUAUUUAGUAAUUGUUUUAACACUCUUAAGCUGGUUACAAAAAGAAGUCAUAUCUUGCUCACUGAAUUUAGAAGUAUAUAAUUUAGAGUAAUAAUCAUAGCAAAAGCUAGAAAUUGCGUCAACAUUAUCUGUAUUAAUAUUCAUUUUAGAAACAGUUUAGUUUAGCUCUCAACUUUUCAAGAUUAAAAAAUAAGCAGACAUCUGUUCUCCAUGCUCUAACCAUUUUUGCCUUGAUCGAAUAAAAGCACCUUGUGCUCGCAUAUUGUACAUAUUAUCAAGCUCAUUUUGCAGCUCUGUUAGACACAAUCUCUGUCCUUCUACCAGGUCCACCAUAGAAAUGUUAGAAAUGGCUAAGAUUUCACUAACAACCUUCUCUUCCAUGAGACGUGAUUUUACUAAUGUGCUACUAAACUUCCUCAAAUAUUUUCCAAUUUCCAAUUUUAAUAAUAAUCCCAAUUAUGACGAAACAACCCUUCCUUUUUAGCUUUAAUGCAAUAAUUAUUAAUACAUUUACCCAAUUCCUGUUUAACUGCUCUUAAUUUAAGCAAAGAACUAUUCAUAUUCCAGUAUGAAUUAUACUUAUUACAAUUUGUGUUUGGUGAAAUAUUAAUUGUAAUUAAUAUGGCCUUAUGGUCAGUUAAUGGUGUUGGCAAAACAUUAACCAAAAUAUUGUUCCCAUCAAAAUGGUUAGAGACAAGCCAAAAAUCAAUCCUAGAACGUCUACUGCCAUCCUUGUUACUCCAAGUAUACACAAUAUCAUCUAAAUUUUUCUCUCUCAAGGAUCAAUGUAUAGCCCCUUUUAAACCAACACAUGAACGUGCAAUUAUCUCAGAUAACUCAGUCCAGCCAUACUAAUCAUCAACAACAGGUGCGUUGAACCGAAUUAGCCAGAUCCUGAUUAGCAUGAUGAUAUCAUUUUGGAUGUCAUUUUAUCUCGAAUGUAAUAAGCGUUGUACGAAGAACGGCACCUGGACUGCUAUAAUGUAUACAUGUAAAUAUACAUUUCUUUGAUACGUGCACUAUGGUAAUGUAAACAUGUAAAUGACUUUGAUUCAUGCACUGCAGUAAUGUAAAUAUAUAAAUAUAAAAUGUAUGUAUAAGUAACUCUGAUAAAGUGUUAUACAUUCAUUUCCUGUACAACAUUGCUGUGUGUCUAUAUAAACAAUUAUGUUCGCUAUGGACAAUCUAGCAGACAGAUGUUUCAAGGCUGUGACCAACAAGUGGCAGAUGUGGUGGUGAAGGGGCAUCUAGAUCAGUGGUCUCAAACUACAUUCCUGGAGAGCCACAGCUCUGCAGAGUUUAGCUCAAACAGCUCCAAAUCACACCUGCUUGGAAGUUUCUACAGUAUUAAUCCUGAAGACAUUGAUUAGCUGGAUCAGGUGUGUUUGUAUUAGGGUUGGAGAAAAACUGUAGAGCAGUGGCCCUCCAGGAAUUGAGUUUGAUACCAAUGAUCUAGAUGGUGAAUGAUGUUUCAGGUUUUUUCUGAUGUUAUGACAGCACACUCCCAGCCUAAACUUUUCCAAAGGCAGAAUCCACCAAUGAAUCCUAACAAAACAUCUGGUAAGGGUACUCCUGAAAUAAAAACGAAAAUCUGUACUUUGACCUUUUGAUAUUUUACAUUAUAUAAAUCUUCCUUAGUAUGUUUGAAUUACUUGACCUAGUGUCACUGUACCAAACUUUCAGGUAUUCGGUACCUUUACCAGUGAAAACCCAUGGUUCUUGGUACCAAUUUCGGUACCAAAGCAAAACACAAAAACAUGCUAAUUAAAGAUGUGACUAUAAUUUAAUCCAAACUGUGUACAUAUUUAAUUUAAAGCCAAGUAUAACUACUAAGUUAGCUAAAAAAAAAAAAAAAAUCCCAGAACUGCUUUUCUGACUGCUGUGACACAAUGUUAACCAUUUGUACACUUCUCUAACAUACAUAUUUUGUGGAGAUAACUAAUAAAAAUAUAUAUAUUAAAAAACAAACAAAAAAAAGAUCUGAGAGGUUGUGAGUGCCGACUUGACAUUGUGCAGUGGAUCUGAAGUAAAGUGCAAAAGUAAAAGUGUCGUAAACAUUUGUGUCUGUAAUUUCCUUUUAUGUGAAUUGCAUUUUACACAUUUGUAGAUAUUAAUCUACAACUUCAAAUUCAAAACCUGUAUGUUUUGAUUAUUGUCUUUUUAAUGAAAAAGGACACACACAAAUAUCAGCCUCAAGUUUCCCAAAUUUUAAUAUAUAUUGCACUUUGUACAAUAUUGUUUCUAACAGCAGUAUGCUUAAUCUUGUUUGAACAUUAAGAACAACAUUUUGCCUGCUUACUUCACUGUGUAAAUAACACACCUCCAAUGUCAGAUUGGCUGGUCAGAUUAAAACAUACGUUUGUUAAUGUAAUUUGAGUCAGUAGAGAGAAGAAUGCAUUGAAUGUCACCCUAUUUAAAGAUUGUGUAAUUGUUUCAUUAAAACAGUUAAAAUUG